AUGAAUUAUGAUUAUAUUAGCUUGAGAAAGAACACGCCACGAAAGUAAAAGUGGAGCUGAUACAUUUGAGUAACAUUGAUUUUUUGUCAUGCUUUUGAUUAAAUUUGUGGUGUUUUUCUUGCUUCAAAGAGAACUUGUUGCUACUCCUGGAUUCACAAGCGUACCUGGCAGGAUAAUAUAUGUUAGUGCUGGUGAUAAAGCUGUAAUGAAAUGGACAUUUGAAACUGACCAAACAUUCUUGCGUGCACGUUGGGGACUUUUUAAUAAAGCAGAGAACAGAAUAAUUGUUGUGUAUAUUUCAAAAAAGGAACAAAAAGACGUGGAACUGUAUGAUAACAGAAUUAAAUAUCAAAACGGCGCAAUGAUAGUGGAGCAGGCUUCUUUGAGUGAUAGUGGGUGGUAUCGAUGUGAAUUAGAUUAUCAAGAAGUCGCAGCACCAAUUGUUAAUGAUACACAACUUAUUGUGACAGAUUUGAAUGAGAUUGCAAGCAAUGCAACUCAAUUUGAAGUAGUUGAAAAUUCAACACUCACUCUUCAUCUAAAUGUAACUGGAUCACCCAAACCUGUCAUUAACUGGUACUUCAAUGGUGCUCCACUGCGAGAAAAACAUGAAUCUUCGGUGAUUGAACACCCUUCCUCAAUCUACCAGCUAAUACUACGAAUCAACAUUACAUCACACGCAAACAACUUUGGUUAUUAUCAACCUCGAAUUGAGUUUCCAGGAGCAACUUCAAAACAACUGCAAAAAUUUGAAGUAAAAGUAAGAUACAUGCCCUCCACUGCCAACUUUACUGUUAACAACACACUUAAAGACAAUCAUACGAUCAAAUCGGGAGAGCAGGUAAUAAUAAAAUGUGUAGUGUCAUCAUACCCAGCAUCAAAUUACGUAAUUAGAAAAAAUGGAAGCUUAAUUCUAAAUGACACGACUGGUCAACAUAUCAUUAAGUAUAUGACGUUUCAUGAUGAAGGUUGGUACACAUGCUUUGCAAGGAAUGGAAUUGGAGAGGGUAUAACAACACGUCUAUAUCUUACGUACGGAGUGCUGCCACGUUUCUUGAACAGUAACAGAUCCUCAGAUAUACCAUCUGGUGAAAACAUGAAGCUAGUCUUUAAUAUUACAUCGAAACCUCGACCAGAAAUUACCUUUCAAUUUAACGGAAAGUCAUUACAUCGUGAGUUUGAAAGAAAUGACGAAGAAUCAGUCAUGUUUUAUACAGCCACUCUUAUCGUGAAGAAUGCACUUCCAGAGGACCAUGGUAUUUUUACUUGUCAUGCUGUGAAUGAAAUUGGAGAAGCAGUAUCCUUCUUUAAUUUGAAUGUUUUAUAUACUCUUCAAUUUCCUGCCAAUGGUAAGCCAAAGAAUUUAACUGGAAUUCUCACCAACAACAUCACAAUACCUUGCGAAGCCAUCAUAAAUCCUGGUGAUGUUCUGUACACGUGGUUAUUUAACAAUAAAACAAUAUCCUCUCAUAUCAACAAAAAUUAUGGCAAUCUAACGUUACAAAGUUUGAAACACACUCAUCAGGGAUUUUAUACAUGCGUAGCAAGCAGUAGGAAUAAUGUAAUUGAGGCUUCGAGCUACUUGAAUAUUAUAGUGUCACCAAACAUCACUUAUAUAUCUAAAGACACAAUACUUAGUACGGAUAAUAUUGGAGAUUUUAAGUGUGAAGCCAGCGGCUCGCCACCGCCGCAAAUAUUGUGGAGAAGAAAUGACUCAAACUUGGUCAUUCACGAAGGAGAAAGAUUAACUUUUUUCCCAGCAGAAACAGAUUUGGGAAAAAUAUAUUUUGAAUGUGAAGCAACUAGCAUCGCUGGAUCUCAAAAGAAAACCAUUCUGGUUGCUGUGAUAGCACCAACUAAAGAUUCACCUACUGAUGAUAAAGCGGGUUGGCUGAUACCACUUCUGAUUGGAAUUUCUCUGCUGUUGUUGUUAAUUUUGUUUGCUUUCUUUAUCAGACGAAAAUUAAAAGGACAAAAGAAGGACACAGAAAGCGUUACAAAGUCAGAAGAAACUGAGAUCUUCUCUGAUCGAUCAGAAAGAAGAGAGACAACAAAUCAACGAGACAAGUUAACGCUAAACCCUAUGUUUCAAGACGGGGAAAACCACAUACAAGCUAUGUACCCUGUUUAUCUACCAAGAGAAAUCGAGUCAAGCAACAUGCAAAUACUAAGCGUGCAACGAUUUCAAGGGGAGCCAGCUCCGUGGCCAGGUUCUGAAGGAACGCGAAAGGAAGAGAUGACAGUUGAAAUGCUGUUUGGUGACGAAGAAGAGAAGUAUGACCGACAGAAGAGUUUACUCAUCACAAAAUCGUUUGUAAAUGAAGGAUUUAAGAACGAGGAAAUUAAAUCGAACGGCAGAGUGGUGGAAGGUGAAUACAAACAAGAACUGGAAGAAAUAGAUUUUGAAAUUGAAAAUGAAAACGAUAUUGAUGAAAAUGUUGAUCAAUAUGUUGAUGAUUUGUUUGAUUUUCGCUGAUAGCUCAUUGGUCAAUUGUUCAAUGUAAUUGCAUGUGAUUGGCUGAUUCAUAAGAAAUACAGAAAACAAGCAGAUAUACAACAAUCCACUUAACAUUUUGUCCAAACACGUGAAACAAAACUCUAUUCAGCUUAUAGUAAUUCUUCAAAUUCUACGAGAAUUGGUAGGUGGAAGAAGCGAAUGAUUUACCAGAGGAAUGAUUUGGAGCGAAAAAAUCUAGGUAAAUAUAAGAAGCUGCGUUGUGACGUAAAAAUUCCGAAACAAAACAAUAGUUGGAAAUCUUUUUUGAGUAAUAUAAAAUAAAAGGAUAAA